GUUAGUCUGUUUAAUAAUCAAUAAAAAUCAUAGUGAACAGUUGCAAUUCCAUGGAAAUGACGAGUAUACAUGGAGCCAGUAUCGAGGAAGUACAUGAGGUACCUAUGAAUGUGAUAACCAGACCUUAUUUACCGGAAAUAGAUGAAUCGAAAAUAAAAUCUAUUAUGGCGGUUAUACAAGAUCCCAUCAGACGUGAGUCCUUACCGCCAAUAGACAUAAUGUGGAUCAAAGGCAGGGAAGGAGGUGACUACUAUUUCAGUUUUGGAGGCUGCCACCGUUACUAUGCGCACGAAAGAUUAAAUCAAUCUACAAUUCGAGCCAAACUUAUUAAAUCGACCAUCGCAGAUCUCAGAUCGUAUUUGGGGGCAUCAACACCUGAUCUCAAAUAAAAUAUUGGCAAACGACUGAUACUUAUUGAAAUGAAAGCCUUGUAAACUUAACUUAUCAAGACACAAAU